AUUAAAAGAUUUCUUUGAUAUAGAUGAAGUUUUUAUAUGCUAUGGUUUGGAAAGAGUAAACGAUGGAGAUUUUGAUCUGGAACCAGAUGAAAGUAAAGCUGUUCAAGGAAUAAGAAAGCCGCAAAGGGCAACCAGAAAUGGAAUCAAACCAAAAAUGCCAGUGAAAAGUCAUAAUGAAAGCUAUAUUGGUCCAAAUGAUAAUACUAAGGACAAUGAUACAAACAGUAAGGACAAUAUAGGAAUUUUACCUCCCGCUUUGGCUGUUAUUUACUCGGUUGGAAAUAUGAUUGGUGAUGGAAAUUUUGCUGUUGUAUGGAAUUGCAAAAACAAGAACACUCAAGAAGAGUUUGCAUUAAAGGUUAUUGAUAAAGCAAUGUGUCAAGGCAAAGAACAUUAUAUCGAUGCUGAAAUUAGAAUAAUGCGGCGUUUAAAUCAUCCGAACACUGUUUCAUUAAUUGCUGAACAAGACACUCCUGACAAGAUGUUUUUAAUUUUAGAACUAGUGCGAGGUGGAGAUUUAUUUGAUGCUAUUGCGCAAGCAACUAAAUUUUCCGAGAAGCAAUCACGUGUUAUGAUGCGUCAUUUAGGUUCUGCCAUGGCUUAUCUACAUUCAUUGCAAAUUGUACAUAGAGAUAUAAAACCAGAAAAUUUAUUGGUUGAUAUUAGGGGUGAUGAAAUUACCACACUUAAAUUAGGUGAUUUUGGUUUAGCAUGUGAAGUUACAGGACUUCUAUAUACUGUAUGUGGAACACCAACCUAUGUUGCACCAGAAAUAUUAUGGGAAACUGGAUAUGGAAUGAAGAUUGAUAUUUGGGCAGCAGGUGUAAUUUUAUAUAUUCUCUUAUGUGGAUUUCCUCCCUUUGUGAGCCAAGACAAUGAUCAAGACCAACUAUUCGAUGCAAUAUUAUCGGGCCAGUUUGAUUUUCCAGAACCUUAUUGGAAUGACGUUGGAGAACUUGUUCGCGAUUUGAUAGAGAAUAUGCUACAAAGUGAUCCUGAAACACGAUACUCCAGUGAAAAUGUAUUAGAGCAUGAGUGGUUGCGAUUGUGUUAGUAGUAAUUAAAAGUGUAGAUCAUAGGGAAUGUGUAAAAACAUUUUUAAUUAUGUUGAGGCACUACUAGACUGAUAUGUGUUUCACUUUUUUAUAUUGAAUUUUUAUAGGUAAGCUAUUUAUUUUAAUUUCAUUGUGUAAUACAUUACCAAAGGCUUUGGGAACAUCUAUUGCUUAAGACAUUAUAUUUUAAAAAUUUAGUAUAAUUUUAAUAAUA